UUGCCAAAUUAUAGAAGUCCUUGACCCAAAAUUUCCCUCAUAAUUUUCCAAAGAUAAAUAUUAGUCUACAGCCGCCUAACACAAUAUCUUGUCAAACCUCCACCAAGAAACUCUCCCCCUGUAGAUCCCUUGUAGAUUGUUAUCACUGCGUGAGGGAAGGGACUAGAAUCACGUUCCACUCUGCUGGCGUUGAGGGCUGUCACCUUGAGUAUCAGAAGUUUCCUUAAUAUAGAUCAGCAGAAGAAAAUAGAAGAGAGAGCCAUGGUUUUAGCCUCCCAAAGUACUGAGCUACCAUUGAAUGAGAAUGACUCGCAAGACAUGGUUAUAUUCGAUGUCCUAAACGAAGCCAUGUCGCUCAAUAGCUCCUAUGUGCCCCAAAGACACCAAAUGAUGAAUACGUCGAACAGCCUCGAGCCUGCCCGGAACAUUGCCAAGAAACACUACAGGGGCGUGAGGCGUCGGCCGUGGGGGAAGUACGCGGCCGAGAUUCGUGACUCGUCGCGAAAUGGUGCGCGUAUAUGGCUAGGCACGUUCACGACCGCUGAAGAGGCUGCCUUGGCUUAUGAUCGGGCUGCUUUUAGGAUGCGUGGCGCCAAGGCCCUUCUUAACUUUCCAGCCGAAGUGGUGGCUGCAUCUGCCACCUUGCCAAGAUUUCAUCCGAAUCCCGGCCGGGGAAUCGGCUUAAAUAGGCAAGAUUCAGAGUCAAGUGGCAGCACUAGCUCGCAUUCCAUGGGAACUUCACGUAUAGAAUCUGAAAGUAGCUGUAGCACGGGCGGGGAGGCACAAGAUCAUAUCCGGGUAGAGUACAACCCAGAAAUAUAAUUAUAGGUUUCUUAAAAAAAGAUAGGAUUUUGGUCAUUUAUGUUAUAAUGAUAGAGUCGUGUGAAGGUUAGUUCUUGGUUUGCAUGUCAGUUUUCUCGUUUUUUGUUGUCUUUUGACGAAUCCUUGCUUGUGUAUAUGUCCAGUUACAGGGUUAAUUUGUCUUCCCCUGUUGUUUUGCAGAGAUAAUAAAUGCUCAAAAUGUACUCUAAAAGUCAUCUUUUAUUGUUUAGCGUACUGUAAUAGGAAGGCCGCAAGGCCACAGAAAUGAAAAUUGAUCGUUAAAAA